AUGGCUUCACUCUUAAACAUUGUUUUAAUGAGCAUAGAUAUAGUUGUUCUAAUGCCGUCCAUUCCGGGGAACGUAUUUAUUCUCGUUGUGAAUAUCCUAGACUGGAUAAAGAAUAAGAAACAUUCUACGACUGAUCGGCUCAUCUUUGGCAUAAGUGCUGUGAACCUCCUGCACGGGCUUUUGAAAGUGAACAGAAACGUGUUUCUAUUGCUAAAAACGGAUAACUCAAACACGGGCAUGUUCCAAAAGGCAUCGUCGGUUUUGCUCCUGACGUCUCUGUCUUCUAGUCUUUGGUUUUGCACCUGGCUCUGCAUCCACUUCUGCCUGAAAAUUGUACGUUUCAAGCAGAGAUUCUACAUCUAUCUCCAAAGGACUAUACCCAAGAAACUCCCGUGUCUUCUCCUGCUAUCCUUCUUGGGUUCUAUAUCUGUGGCUGUUCCUAUUGCCUGGGAUGUUGUCGAUGGAACGACACGGAAUGUGUCACUUGUUACGUCGAAUCAAGAAGCUAAACUCUUGUUUAUGUUACGGCAUAGGAGCAUUUACUCCCAACCUAUCUACACUAUGUAUUGUUGUGUGGCUUUCACGCUGUUCUCGAGCUCAGCUGGGAACAUCAUCGUAUCUCUGUUCAACCACAUGAAGCACAUGCAGGAGAACAUUGAGGGGUCCAGAAGACCUAACUUGGAAGCUCAUAUAAGUGCGGCCAAAACUGUGACCUCUCUCUUGGUACUGAAUGCUGUCUUUUUCAUAUGUUUAAUAAUAGGAAUUUUUAAAGGAGGGGCUUCUUAUUGGCUACAGUGCUCUUCCUUGCUAAAUUCUAUCUUUCAUAAUAUCAGUGCCUUGGUACUAAUAAACGGAAACCGUAAACUCCAGAAUGCUCUAUCCGGAGCUGUUAUUUGCUACUUAUCCCCGUAG